ACGGUGCGGCGGCCACUUGCAGCAACACGCACGCACACACACACGAACAAUCACCGUCGCCGCGGUCAAAGAAUAAAAACCAAGUCGCGUUCAUUCCGAAUAAAUAAAACCGAUACGAGUUAUGUCAGUUUUAAAAUAGAUGCAACGAGGAUGCGUGGGGAUGAUCGGCCGGCCACGAACGGUAGUAGUGGGGUGUCGCACGUUUGCCGGCUGUGGCGCUUGGAUCGUGCACACGACCUUGCGUCGCCCUUGCCGCCUGAGUGUGGUGAUAGUGCUCGUACUCUGUGGACGCUCUGUGCGUCUCCGCUCGACGUUGGCGUCUUGACGCUUCUUGCAAAACACACGCACCGCUAGAGCUGCACCGGACCUCUGAGUUUCAGGUUGUGGAAGCGUUAAAAAAAAAAUUGGACGGCGCUGCUGAUCUACCCGACAUCCAAACAGGAUUGCAAUUGCCAUAUGCGGGUUUACUUAAAUAAGAGAGUUUCAAAUGACUACUGAACGAGAUCAUUGCGGCUUAAGUUCACUGUUGCCAAUGUCCUGCCGGGGAAGAGCCGAGGCAUUCGCCCGAAGCCUCCAUUCACGACUGUCGUCGUUGGGCACCCAGAACGGCACCAAUGGGUCAGCAAAUGAGAGCAGCUGGUUGCAACUUGAGGCCCACGACAACCACAUCGCUCUGGCCCAGCCCAGACACUCUUCCAACUCAGAAAUGUUCCUCGACUUCGGCUUGCUGGAGUCGCCCAGUCCCGAGGAAGACAUCGUGGAGGCUGAACUGCACAGGCUACUCAACAAGGAUAAUUUGAAGCAUUCGCACAGCGAAGACUGUCAUUGUUUGAACGGCAAGGAGAAGAUGAAGUUGAACGGGCACUUGAGUAAUGGAUCGAACGACAGCGAUUCGAGCGAUGGACCUUUUUAUGAUACUAAUGACUUCGAACAAAGGCUGACGAACACAAAUCACGUGAAUGGGUAUGCGGAACAGAACGGCACCUCGUCGCACGACAGUCCAUCCGAAGUCACACUUACGCAACAAGAUAACCAAUCGAUCAAUUCAGAUGAGUCUUUCGCCACAACGACAGAAAACACAGUUCCUGUUGAAAAUUCGCUCAGUGAUGAAACAUCGACUUUAAGUCUGAAAGAUGGAGAAUCAGAUGAAAUCAACGGUUCCUUAACCGAUAUACCUCAAUGCGGCGAAGACAAGGACGAGGUGGACUUCAGCAAGACCAAUGGCGACACAGUAUGUAACGGAACAAAUUGCACAGAUUCAGAAACGUAUGUUAGUAGUAUAAAUAUAGAUAAAGACUUAACGGUCGAAUGCCCGAAAAUCGAGGAAGAAGUCAAGGAAGAAACGCCCACAUGCAAAAACGAAGAAGUACUAGAAAUCAUACAGACUGAAGACAAAAUAGAAAUACGCACAUCAUCACCUGAAGAGGAUGAGGAAAGAAUUCCCAGAGUGAGGCGUUGCUCGUCUCUGAAGACGGGCAAAACUCCCCCGGGCACUCCCGGAAGAAAGAAAAUCGUCAGGUUUGCAGACGUUCUGGGCUUGGAUCUGGCUGACGUGCGCACCUUCCUGGACGAGAUCCCCAAAAUUCCAAAUUCCGCGUACGAAGACUUACGAGACGCCGAGAUCAACGACGCGCCAGCAGAACCGCAGUUGAACAUUUCCCUGAAAUGUCACGGCGUCAAAAUCGAUAAAGUUUUGCUGCCGCUUUUCCAACAGCCCGGUGGUCUACCCACCUUCCUGGACACCGUACGCGACAACUGUGUGUGCCUGGAGAACGCCAUCAUCGACGAUCCCAUCAACUUCUCCAUCAAAGGCACCGUCCGAGUGAGGAAUUUGGAUUUCCACAAGUCCGUACAUAUCAGAUACACGUUCGAUUCGUGGAAGACCUACCACGACGUACAGGGCGAAUACGUGCAGAACUCCUGCGACGGUUUCUCGGACAGAUUCACCUUCGUGUUGUACGCAAGGAAUUUGAGCGUCGGCCAGAGGUUGGAGUUUGCGGUCAGGUUCCAGUGCAAGGGCUGUCAAUAUUGGGACAGCAACAAGGGCGUGAAUUAUUGCUUCCAGUGUUUGCCGGCGACACACAACACCCCUUACCAGCCGAUAGGAGCGGAUGUUGAUCAUUGGGGUGCAAGCUUUUACUACUAGUUGAGGUUACAGCACACAAACUUUUUGGGUUAGACUGAGACUUUUCAAGUAAAAUGCAUGAUAAGUUAGAACGAUGAGAGAGCAAAACAAAAAAACGAUGUGAUUUUCCAGGAAUCGUCAGGCACACAAUUGACGUUAAGCAAAACAAAACAAAAAAAAUUGGGUUGUGCAUAGCUGGCCAACCAAACCAAAAAAACAAAAAAAAAGUGUAAUCACGUAGACAGCUGCUUCUAAUAUAGCUGUGUGUCUAGCCCACAAAACUCAACAGAGUCUAGCUGCGACAGUGGAACAAAUGAUCAUCAUCAACUGGAUCCGACUGCCGUUCAGGAUUACAUCUCCCAAAAACUGUCGGCCAUGCCAAACACAGCGCAACACCCGAAACUCGAUAACACGUUUACGUUUGUAUCUGUCCUGGUGGUUUUGAUUACUUUUUUGUAUUUUCAAAGAACUAUAUAUUUUACGUGGUAGUAUUGUUCGAAGGUUAAAUAGGUAUAUGUUUUAUAUAUAGAGGAGUUAAUCGUUGUUGAGGAUUGUAAAAAUUUUAUCGAAUCAAACGUGCCCUACUACAAAACUGUCAUUUUCUGAUAACCGACGCUCUACCUUCUUAUAUAAACCUGGUAUUGUUAUAAAUUUAAUGCAAAAACUGCGCAGAACGGGUUUAAUGUGCCAUCUUGAACUAACACCAGUAGAGUUUAAAUGUGAUGAUUUUGUGUUUAUGUUUGAUUAUGUGAAACAAUGGAUAAAUUAGCAAACAUAAAAUGUACUCUAGUCAUGAGAUCUGAACGCGAUAAAAACGAUUGAUUUUAUCGUGGAAUGAUUGUCGAUUAUGACGCAUUCCGGGUGGUGCAAAAUGUCGGAGUUUCGUUGCGAAAAAUGUGGAAUCAAAGAUCUGGUUGUUGUUUCCUUUUUUUUAAUUUUGGCUGUGGUCAGUAUAGUUAGAUUUUAUUUUUGAUAAUUUAUCCUUAGUUAGCAUUCUCGUCCUGGCAAUAAUCAUAAAAAUGGACGGGGAUGCGAUGGUGAUAAGAAAUAUUUUUAUGUGAAAUUCUCUUGUGUAAGUUGUAAAAAUGUUGGCUACCAUUAUUUUUAGAACGUGCACAUUACUCAGUAUUAAUGGAAUAAAAAAAUAUACGAACAGUGAAAGGAUCAUAUAGAUAUUCUUCCACUUUCAACACUUAUAUUACUGUUGGCCUUAAUGUGUAACAGAAGCUGUUAUAAAUCAGGAACUAAGAAGUGCCGCCAAUUAGAAUUUAGACGUGAGACUAUCUCGCUGAUAUAGAUUGAUAUAUUUUUAUAUUAAAAAUAGAUCAUAUUCGGUAACCAUAUUUUUAUAACUUGUAUCGAAUUUGUUUUUAAUGUUUUUGUGCAUGGUAUCUGUGUAUAUAGUUUUUACUUCCCAUAUACGUUUUUUAUUAUUUGCAUUUAAUUUUAAUUGCUUACAAAAGAGUAAUUUUAAAUUUUGUAGACUAAUUAUAGGUAGAUUUGUUAAUUAUGCAGAUAUAUUUUAAUUGUUGAAAUGUCAUAUGUUGUAUUUAUUAAUUGGAGUUGGUUAUAAUGCGCUUUAUAAAUCAUAGUUCUUUCAUAUUAGAUAAUGGAUGCAGGCCUAGACUGUAUUUUCAUGUGUCCAUUAACUGAUUUCCGUUCGUUAUAGUCGACUGCCAUGAAAUUCUAUUUUAUGAUAUUGAAAUUCUAUUUAUUGCAUUAUUGUUAUUAGAAAUUAGGUUAUAUUUAUAUGUUUCAAAGAUUAUACUUGACACAUUAAACCUUGUUACUUGUUGAGUUUAGGUACCCAAAAAACGUAUAUAAGGAAAUUCUUAGUAAAAUUAUAUUAACAACUAAUUAAAAUAUUUAUUGGUAAUAAAAUACAUGUUAAAUUUAUAAAAAUAAGAGGAUGCGAGUCCAAAUUUUUGAAUAGACUGAUAUUAGUGGACGGAUUUUGACGGUCUUGUAUAUUUAAGUACCUGAAUGGGGAAGAUUGUAGAUAUUGUAAAGAAAGUUUGUAUCUAUUGCAAAUGUAUAAAUAAACCUUUUUAUUAUUUA